UGCUUUGGUGCCUAAAGCUCUUGAGCCACCGAUAUCGACUGCUGGCCUUUCAACAAUCAAAGCUCUCGACUCGAGCAGCGAUGGAGCAUCGAAGUUCGCAACGGCUUUCCGAGAGGAAAUAUCAUCGAAUCACAAAGAGUCAUUCGAUCGUCUGGCCCUUGAGCUGAAAACACCUAGACUCAACAAAGUUCACCAUCACUUAUGGCUCGCAGGCCGCCCAACGGCUGCACGACCUUUGCAGCGGCAAAAGCUGCUAGGACGUAGUAUCCUCGUAACAGAGAGCCCCGACGAACAUCUCGUGUGGUUCGAAGACUGUAUCUUCAUCAAGCCGUUGCCCGGUUUCCUUCUAGACUGGGACUCGUGGAACAACCACCUGUGUCCGGACCGAGAAUUGUAUGAAGCUGCAUGCGGCCUUCUGCUGUCAUAUGCAUGGCUCGUACGGCAUAAAAGCGACCUCAACGCUGCAAAAGAAGCGGGACUGCUAGCAAAAGAGAUAGAGUGGCUCGACUGGGUCGAAUUCAUCGAUGCUUUUCUGACCAAGAUCGAUUGCGAAACUCUAAGGGGUGUCAACAAACGAUACGAAUAUGUCAUUUUAUCAGCAUUGCAGGUCGGGCUUGGUACGACAGAGCUGCAAGGCAACAGAGCUUUCGAGCGUUUCUCAUACGGGUUCGCUGUAACAUCCUUGGUCGCUGUAGCGGUAGCACUGGCUGCUGUUACCUUUUGCGACGAUGAACUGAGAACAACACUCGAGGCUACUAUCAAGCAAGAACUCUUGCCUGAUGAGAAGCCAACGCUUGGCUUUAGCACGACUAUCGUACCAUCUUGCUACGACAAUGAAAACAAGAGGGUUGCCCUGGUGAACUUUCAUGACAAGGUUCCUGUAUUUCUGCUCGAGCUGGUGACGAACCCUUCAGAAAUCUGGCAAAUCGAGAUGGGCGACACGGAUAUCACCUUCGACUGUCACUUCAGGGGGAUGACGCAACUGUAUACACCAAAGCUCGAAACGCCAGUCACCGCAGA